UGGGUCGGCGCAGUCCUCACACGGUGGACUUGGGUUUCGGCAACCACCAGUAUGCCAUGCCGACACCACAUCAUACAAUCGUCUGAUAUUUUUUCAGUUACCCUGCCCAAUUCCUCCAGCAAUCGCUUUUUUCAAAAGAAGUUAUUCCUGCACAACCUGAGAGCACCUCACUGUCACAGGCAAGCAGCAUCAAACAUCUGCGUCACUCCUGGCUGUCUUUGGUACCCUUAGCCAUCGCUCUUUGCUCUAUAAUACUGUACUUCGGCGACACAAAGCCAGACUGAUCAAACAAUCUACCCCUUCCUUGGUUGUCUGAGCCUUCAAGACCAUCGAGCACCUCGCCCGCCUUCGGGUGUCAUCAGACAUGGCCGCCACCAAGAGAUCGUCGUCACGGUCUCGCGCUGCCACUCGCAAGCGCAAGCGCUCGGCAAAGCGGCGCGACUCAACUUCGAGCCAAGGUGGUCAUGACCAAGAGCAUCUGCCGCCCUCAGCCAAGAGAAAGAGAACCUCCCGUGCAAAUCCCUCCGCGGCCUCCUCUGCUGACGCGGACUCCUGCGGCCCCAGUGCCACUGAGCCCAUGGAUGUCGAUGAGACGUUAAAUGAUGUGUUGUUCGUCGAUGAGACUCCCGUUAGUGAGGUUCCUGUCGAUGAGAGUACUGCCGGCGAGACGUCCAGUGACAUAAGCGACAAGUCCAACAAGAAGACCAAGCAGCGUGCAAUCAAUACCAAUUUGCCGCCUGUCUCCGAUCCCCGCGAGAUGUUCGUGGAGAUGAUCAAACGCCUCGACCCGGCUACGCUGAAAGAGUAUCCCCUCAAACUGAAGGUGGCGACCAUCUGCUCUGGUACUGACGCUCCCAUCUUUGCCUUGCAUCUCAUCCUGGAUGCCUUGGAGACGGCGGGGUUCGGGCCUGGCUUUGAUUUAAAACAUGUUUUCAGCUGCGAGAUUGAACCCUACAAGCAAGGCUUCAUUCGGCGCAACCUUCCGCCCGGCACCCUCAUCUUCCGCGAUGUUAUCGAGUUGGCCAGCGUGAGCCCCGACGGCAAAGCCACGACUGCUGGUGGUUCCAGAGCCGCGAUCCCAGCAGCGCACCCGGACAUCCUCUUCGCCGGCUGUUCCUGUGUCGAUUAUUCCAACUUGAAUAACAAGAAGCCGGCUGGGAGUGUGCCAGCCCUCGACCAUUACCUGAAACCGGACAAGAAGGAGAAGAAGAAUGGGUCAAAGAAGAAAGGGUCAAAGAGGAAAGGUGCCGUUGAGACUGACGAAGACCCGCCGUCGCCCGUUAAGCUCGACCAAAGCUUUGUUAAUGUCCUCCUCGAGGGCAUCCAGGAGCUUCUGGCUCUUGGAAAGGGCGAGUCGGCAACAACCUUCUUUGCCGCCUUGAAGCUGAUAGCGGACUUGCGGCCAAAGUUCGUCAUUUUGGAGAAUGUCGUCAGUGCUCCUUGGGACAUGAAGACAAAGCAUGCCUUCCCCAAGAUUGGGUACGUGGCCCGCGUUAAAAAGGUGGACAGCAAGGAGUACUACUUGCCCCAGACCCGCCAGCGAUGCUACUUGGUGGCCGUCGAUGCUUCCGAAAUUGGCGAGAAAGCGGCAGCUGCAAUUACCGACGCGUGGAUCCUCCACCUCGACAAGUGCAAGCGUGCGCCCUCGUCCUCAAUUUCGGCCUUUCUCCGCCCUGCCGACGACCCGGCCACGCUCCAAGCCCGGGCCGACAUGUCAAGGAAGGGCACGACCAAUGCCGAGUGGUCUCUUUGCUCACUCCGGCAUGCUGACCAGCGCGAGAAGAUUGGCCUGCGGCGCGACGACAAUCUCUUCAGCAAGAAGGCCAUGCGCAACGGCCGGCUCAUUUCGGCCAGCUUCCCCGCCCAUGCGUGGCCCUCAUUCUGGCAGUCCCAAGUCACUCGAGUCAUCGACUUGAUGGACAUUAUCUUCGCCAGCGCCCACAAGCAAAAAUUCGAUUUGGGCUACAAGACCGCCAUGGUCGACGUGAGCCAGAACGUCGACCGCAACGCCCUGCUCGUCACGACCAAGACAGGGCUGGCAAGUAAGCUGGGCAUUGUCGGCUGCAUCACACCGAGCGGGAUGCCCGUCGUCACCGACCUGAUGCGCCCCAUCACCGGAACGGAGACCCUCGCGUUGCAGGGUCUUCCCGUCGAUGAACUGGUCAUCUCCACCGAGACCCAGGCUCAGCUCCGAGAUCUGGCAGGCAACGCCAUGACUGUCACCGUCGUCGGCGCCGUGACCCUGGCCCUUCUCCUCGCUGCGUUUAAGAAUAAUACAGUCGAGAAGUUGCUCGAGCCGCUUGGACCAGAACCGCCCAGUCGCGGUGAGUACCUGGAAAUCACACAGGACAAAUCUCUGACGACAACUCGCCUGGUUGCUGAUGACUUCCCUGUCCUUGAAGAGCUCCUGGCCAUCGCAGAUGGAAUGGUGCGCCGAUGCUACUGCUCCACGCGGCCUGGUGAGGUCGUCGUCUGCGAUAACUGCGGCAUCACGGCCUGCUCCGGCUGUCGUGGAAACCCGGAGCACAAUUUCGGCACCAAGAAGCCAAUACGCCGCAAAUUAUCUACUGAGCAGGGCAAGGUCAACCUCAAGAAACUCGUGCCCGCAGUCAUCAAGCUGCCCAUCCCGGCUGAGGCCGUUCGGCAGGGGCUUGGAAACGUCAAUGACAAGGAUUACCGCUCCGUCGUCACCUGCAUUCUGGAAUCGAACAAUGACUACUACUUCGACGACAUCAAAGUCACCGAGACCGUGACUGUCUGCUACAAGCGCGCCGACAGUAUUGCUCGCCUUGUCCUCUCCCCAGAGCCAGGCUCGGUUUCCUACUGGUACAUCUACGUGGCACCCUGGCACCCAAAUCGCCCUAGACUCUCGGCCACAUUCGACUUUGAGCAGCCCAUCGCGCGGGGGCAGGUUUCUGCGAGAUACUAUGAUAGCUCUCAGUGGUCUGUGUGGACCCAUGGUCGUGUCCGCCUUACACUGCGCUUGGCCAGGAAUGAAGCCGGUGCACUGGUUGCUGGCAAUCUGGCCUUUGCGGGCGACAGCAAUGCUCAGUCUAAUCCGACCCUGAUGGCCUGGAAGAGGUUUGUCGAGGAGAAGUUGCGCGGGACAUACGUCCACCUUCCCGACUGUGGCACGGCAGGAAAUGCGCUGCAUAUCAAGGCGACAUCUUGCCCUGCUUCCCCCGUCUUCAUGAUGUGGGACUCGGCACCCCUCCGCAAUGCCGAUGAAGACCACUUCGUGUGGACUCAGACUGUGAGGAGAAUGGAACCCCAUGAGCAUCGUGAAACUUUGCUCUGCGCUUCACCGGCGCUUUCCUGGGACCUCAAAUCCCCCGAACUGGGAUCGGUGGACGCCUUCUGGCCCGGAUACUGGUCCAGUCCUGAUCCGUAUCCGAAUGAUUCGGAGCCCAAAACGACAGAAGUCGAAGAGAACGCCGCCCAGCUCCGCUGGGGCUCGACCGAGGCCAUUCGCACCGCGUAUUGCCACAAGGCAGGUCGUGUUGUUAAGCCAAUGCCCAUCUUUGCCGCCGUCACAGCGCCUUUUCCCAACUUCCCCGUGCCGGCGGCACUGCUCUCCAGGAUCGACAGCCUCCAAUCCGGCAGCAACAUGUUCUACGUCAUUCCCCCCGCCCAGUGUGAUGCUUUUCUGAAGCUGUUUGCUUUUCUCUCUCGCGAGUUCCGAGGAGCGAGAAUGCCACUCAAUCUCGCUGAUUUUCCACACCUCGAGGGCAAAUGGGUCGCAGUUGAACACUGCGAAACGUGUUCUGUGACUCCGCCUCAGAUCACCGUCUACACCAAGAAAGACGGGAAGAAGGCGUCGGAGGAAGAGGGAAAGGGCGUAAAGGCCAUCAUCGAGGACCCGGACGAAGCUGCGCUGUUCGAAAGGCAGUACCAAGACCUUCCCAGGGCGGUGGCAGUUGCUGCCCGUCUCAUGCAUGACAUCGAUGGCGCAAGGACAAUGGAUAUCAUGCUCAUGUUGCAGCCCAAGACCCUCGGGUCUCGAGCGCGCGGAUACCUGCUGCAGGCACACCGCGCUCCGGGCCGUGGUUGGCAAGACGUGUGUUCCCAGGCAGAGACAUCCUUUAAAGUGGUACUCGACUAUGCGCCCUCCUCAGUUACGGAAUUUGCACCAUUCAGCGACUCCGUCCGCCCCUGCGCUAAGGACCAUACGGCUGGCAUCAACCCCGACAUCAAGUGCGAGUUGCCGUCCCGGGGACCUCCUCGGUUCACCCGCACGGACACCGUCGGAAGGGGAAAGAAGGCGACGAAAAGGAAGGUGGAGCACAAGCUCAGGUCGAGUCAGGAGGAGGCUGUCAAGUGGAUGAUGCAACGCGAGCGCGCGUCCUUCGACUUCGUUAAGUUCGAAAUCGAGGAGGAGGUGGUUGCGCCGCUCAAUCUCCGCGUGGUCGGCAAGGCCGAAUGGCCGAGUCGCUUUCCAUUCAGCUCCCGUGGCGGCGUCAUGGCCCACGAGGUCGGCUAUGGAAAAACCGUCGUCACGCUCGCCCUGCUGGAUUGCAUGCGUGGCUUUGACACAGGCCAGUCCAUCACUGAGCGCCAGGAGAAAGUUGAUGACGCCUGGGCAAAAGAGCUGUCUGAGUCUUUUGAGCAUUUAGAGGACGUCGGCCUCAAACCCGAGUCCUUUUUCGUCCAUCUAUCCGCCACUCUCAUCAUUGUUCCCAAGCACAUCACGACGCAGUGGGAGAAGGAGGCGGAGAACUUCCUCGGGCUGAAAUCGCCGCAAUUGCUCGUCAUCAAGAGCCCCGCUAGCUUUUGCAGGCGAGACAUGCUCCAGAGCCUGCAGCAAGCCGAGAUCAUCAUCGUCAGCAGCGCAGCGUUUUCUUCUUCGUUCCUGGAGCAGCUGGUGGGGAUUGCUGGAAGCUCCCGUGAUGGCCUCGGUGGGAGGACGCUGGAGGCCUGGUACCGCCGCGCGUUGCGCAACUACAGAAUUCUGACUGCCUACUUUCUUGCCGGCCGUGCUGCUGGCAUCCCUGAUCAGAAUCUCGUGCAAGAGAUGACGGGGAAUCUGUUGACAAAGCUGGUCGAGAAGCAGCGAGCUGAGAUCGACGCGCUGGUUGAGAAGCAGGUGCCCGAGAUCGACCGUAGCUACUACAAGAAGCCCAGGACCAAUGCCAAGACAAAGGCCAAGGGCAAGCAGAAAGACGAUGAGGAUCAAACUGCCGACCAAGAGGCUGAGGCUCAGUCUGCUAAUCAGGAGGCCGACAGCGAAACCGCCGUGCAAGAGGCCGACGGUCAAACUGCCGAUCAGGAGGCCAAGGGCAAGGGCAAGGGGAAGGGGAAGACAGAGGAAAAGGACACCAAUGGAUGGCAAGUGAACUGGAUCCACGCUUGCAGCUUUUCCCGCGUCAUCUGGGACGAAUGCUCCUAUGACGACAUAACCAUUGCCCUCUUCGUUGCCAAUGCCGUGGCCAACGCCAAGUGGCUGAUCUCGGGUACACCCAAGGUCUCCGACCUGGAGCACGUCUGCAACAUUGGCUCAGCCUUUGGCGUUCACGUUGCGCGGCCCGAACCACGCAUCAUGCCCGGUCUGCCCGCGCUGACAAAUGGACCCGAGCUGAGUCCGAUGUCUCGCAGCGAAGAGUUCCACGUAUACUCUUCCGGCGUGAAGUCGGUAACUCUCGCUCUCGAGAGGCACAACAUCGCCCAGACGUUUGUUGCUGCAUACUUCCGCGCCAACCCCCUCGAAGAGGUCAACAUCGAGUCCGAAGAGCAUGUCCGGGCCGUCGUCAUGUCGGCCGCGGACUUUGUCCGGUACCACAUGCUCAACCAGGAGGUCAUCAACGCUGGGUACGACUACGCGGCCCUUCCUGCUCAUGCCCGCUCUCAAGUGGCGCUGAAGGGCAGCGACUUGACGUGCAGGGGUGGAUCCGCCCAGGCCAAGAUGAUGCUGGGUCUGGUUGCCUGCGGCCUUGGUCAGGGUCGAGGCUCGAUGGAUGACCUUGAGAAGGAGCUUGCACGCCGAAGCGAGGAGCUUGCCAAGCAGAUGAAGUGGCUCUGGGACAAGGCCAUGUGGCUUCAUCGCUGGAUCCGGGAUCUCGAGAAGGAGCUCGACAAGAAGUCCAAAGACAACAGGGAUAUUUCGCCCAUUCUAGAUACGUUGGCUCGCGUCGAGAUCAUGUGCGAGUGUCUGAUCAAGCCGGUGAAGUCGGCAAGGGAGGGGCAUUUCGAGGAGUUUGGCGGCGAGGAAAUGUUCCUUCGCGAGAUGGCAAUUGUGGCCGGCCUCCCAAGUAGCCGUUCGUCAGACGUCGCCUUUCUCCGAAAAAUGUGGGAAGCGCACUUUGGGAGAGAAUGGGCGGAUCACUACCACAAGGACAAGGCGCUGCACACUUGGCUGGAUUUUUUCAAGGUUAGCCGAUCCAGCACCGUCAAAGAUCUGUCCGAGAAGCAGCUCCGCCUCAUGGCCAAGGACAUUUGCUGGCUCCGGUACAAGAUCGACCCCAAUGCGGCACCCCUUUCCAAUAUCCGGUCAGGCUGGGACCUAGCCCGGGCUGUGCUGGUCCCGAGUAUCCGAGGUGGUCCACGAAGGCCCAUUCCGGAAGGUAUCGAGGAUUGCAUCGCGAACGACAAGCUGAUACUGAGCAGCCUCAACGGGAAGGAACUGGGGGAUUUCUUCUUGGCAUGCAUUGCAACGCAGCCGGACAUCCCAACCUGGGAUAACGCCGCCAAGAAGUCGUUCGACCCCUUCAAAAACACUGACCACGACGGCAAGCCCAAAAAAGCCGCCCUCCUGGACCGAGCCGCGGAGCUGAACCUUAAAACUCCGAACCAGAGCAUCGAAAAGCUCAAGGAGAUGCUCUGGCGGCACGAGCAUGGCCUCAGCACGUCUGACAAUUACCGCGAUGGCCGAGCCGCGCCUGUCCGGCAUCGGGACUUUGAGUCGGCGUUGGGUUGUAGCCAUCCCAAGAUUGACAAGAAGAUGGAGACUGCCAACGAGGAGCUGAAGCGGACGCUGGUGCAUCUCGCCAAGACGGUCGAGGAUCUGAGAGCGACGGCCCUGGAGGCCAACUUCGUGCGCGACUACGCCGCGCUGGCGAAUGCAAAAGAUAAGGAUUGCUUCGUGGCCAAGAAGGCGUGCCGUGGGUGCCACAAGCUGCUCACGUCGGCGUCCGGGUCAUUCCUGGUGGUGGCCUGCGGACACUUCCUGUGCGGCGGAUGCAGGACCACCGCGGGCUUCUACUGCCCCGUCAAAGAUUGCCCAGCCUUCAUCCGCGAGCGGCCGGUUCUUCGCUGCUCGCUGGUGCCGUGGGCCAUGAGCAAGGAACAGUUCGCAAAGGCCGAGUGCGUUGCAGACCUGAUCAAGAAGGAGAUCCCCGGCGACGAAUACGUGCUCGUCUUUGCGCAAUACGGCCCGCUCAUCGACUCCCUGGCGCGUGCCUUCACCAAAGCUACACUCUCCUUCGUCAACCUGGCAGCCGAGAGUGACAACAGGAUCGCCGACAAGCUCGAGGCCUUCAAGGACAAGAAAGCCGGACAGAUUCUGUUGCUUGACAUCGACAGCGAGACCAGCGCGGGUAGCAACCUGACCAAUGCCAACCACGUCAUCUUUGCGAAUCCGUACGUGCAUCCCGACGAAGAGCACCGGGCCAGAACGGUGAAGCAGGCCAAGGGCAGGUGCAUCCGCACUGGGCAGGAAAAGAAGGUGCAUGUGUACCAUUUCAUGGUCUCGGGGACGAUCGAGGAAGAGACGCUGCGCGGUUUGGCUAGGGAUAACCCGGCGGUGGAGAACUUCUUUCAGCAGUCGGAGGAGGUUCCGUGGUGGUUGGAUGGGAAGGAGUGAGCAGCACUGGGCCGAGGGAUGGGGGUUGGGUGUAGGGAUGUUAAAUGUAUCUAUUUCGAGCUUGGCGGUGGCGGUACCGAGGAGUGGGAUGCCCAGCCACAUGAGUCCAAAGCGGGAGGAGUCAACGAGGGGACCAGGACGGUCGUGAGUGUACAGGUCAUGUUUCUUGAGCUUGGCGGUGGGGAAUUCGAGGGAUUGGGAAAUGCUGCAAGCAGCAGCUUCAAGCUUGGGAUACCUCACCAUAUGAGUCCAGAUCGGAAAGGAUCAUAGCUGUUCAUGCGCUUAUCUGC